AUGAGCAUUUUCACAUUUAAUCCUAGCCCAUCCCCAAACAUCGCAUUUGGACCUAUCGCCUUCCGCGUCCCCCACGCUUCUCCCCACUGUCUCUCACACACCUCCCCAUGCACACGCCCACGCUUCCCCUCACCGUCGCCCACGCUUUCCCCCAUCGUCGCUCACGCUUCCCCUUACCUCCGCUCACGCUUCCUCCUGCCUUCCCCCACGCUUCCCCACACCGUCGCUCACGCCUUCCCCCACCUUCCCUCACGAUUCCCCUCUCAUCGCCCACGGUUCCUCCUACCGUCGCCCACGCUUCCUCCCACCGUCACCCACGCUUCCCCCCACCAUCACCCACGCUUCCCCCCACCGUCGCCCAAGCUUCCCCCCACCGUCGCCCAAGCUUCCCCCCACCGUCGCCCACGCUUCCCCCCACCAUCGCCCACGCUUCCCCCCACCGUCGCCCACGCUUCCCCCCACCGUCGCCCACGCUUCCCCCCACCGUCGCCCACGCUUCCCCCCACCGUCACCCACGCUUCCCCCCACGGUCGCCCACGCUUCCCCCCACCGUCGCCCAUGCUUCCCCCCACCGUCGCCCACCGCCACCGUCGCCCACCCCCACUGUCGCCCACGCUUGCCCUCCCAUCGCCCUCGGUUAGACUUCCCGCCGACCUCCCUUCUCUCCCACCUCUCUCCACGUCCCUCUCACCCACCCUGGGCGGGGAGGUAUGGCGAGCUGGGCUGGGAGCUGGGGAAGGGGUCGUGACUCGUUCGCUGUGGGGUGUGGAAGGGUGCGUGGUCAGCAGCACCCACCCUUCUCUCUCUUGCACUGACCUCCUCUCCUCUCUCGCACCAACCCCACACGCAUGGCAGGUGGUGGUGCGGCUUUGGAGCAGAGUGUUCGGCGCACAGCCAGGGCAGCGCGUGCAGGCGGGCAGCAAGGAGUGCAGUGCUGCAGGGGGCGGUCGUCCUCCUCUCCCUCUCCCUUCCUCCCUUCCUCCAUCUCUCUGCCUCACUACCCUCUUUACCCUCUCUGUUGCCCGUCCUCCCUUCCUCCCUUCCUCCAUCUCUCUGCCUCCCUACCCUCUUUACCCUCUCUGUUGCCCGUCCUCCCUUCCUCCCAUCCUUCUUUCCUGCCAUUCUUCCUCUCCUCAUCCUCCCUCGAUCCAGUCCCCCUUCCCCUUUCCAUCUCCCACUCUCCCACUCCCUUCCUCACGCCAACCCUGCUCCACCGUUCCACCCUUCUACCUUCCCCCUUGUACCCAGCCGCACUUUUUCCUCUCAUCCGCCCAUCAUCUCAUCCGCCCAUCCUCUCAUCCGCCCAUCAUCUCAUCCGCCCAUCCUCUCAUCCGCCCAUCAUCUCAUCCGCCCAUCCUCUCACCGUCGCCCACGCUUCUGCCUUAG